AUAUUUUCAUUAGCAGCUGAAAUGCUUCCCAUUUGUUAUGAAAGUUUCUGAAAUAUGCGAAGUAUUGUCACCUUUCAUUGUGAAACAUCCGAACGCGGUGUAGGAAUAAAUGCACACAUUAACAUAUAUACGUCAUAAGGAAUACAUAUUCCGGUUAUCUAAGGGUUACCAGAAAGAGCUGUGCGACGAUUAACUGAAGGGAAAUUUGGCGAUAAAAAUAAAUGUAAACAAAUCAGCAUUCCUAGGAUAUGAGAACUCCCCUUGACUUAGUUUCGGUUCACUCUGAUUUUUUCUUAAUGCUUUUUAAGAAGGCUAGAUCGGAAAUUCCUAUUAAAAUCCCAAUUUAUUAAAAGGCCCACUAGAAAACAAGAAAAUGUCUUUUGAAUUUGACCGAAUUCCAGAAAUGUACGAGAGGAAUGAAACAGGUGGAAAUUUUGUUGAGGAACAGUUUUUAGUACCUGAUAAAAUGGCUGGAAAAAUAAUUGGACUUUGUGGUGAACAGAUUCAUAGAAUAGAGACAAAAACAGGAUGCAAGGCUCAACUGGAUCCUAGAAGCGAUGACAAUUUUUAUAGGAUUUGCACACUUACUGGUAGUCAGGAAUCAGUUAAGGCUGGAAAAUCUAUGAUUAAACAAAUCAUAAGUGAAUAUUCCAGUAAUUCAUUCCAAUCUGGAUAUGUUCCCGAUGGGCAGAUUGUUACUGAAAUGAUGAUUCCUGGUCUUAAAGUAGCUCUAUUAAUAGGAAAAGGAGGAGAAAAGAUAAAGAAUUUACAGGAACAAUGUGGAGCAAAAAUGGCAUUCAUUCAAGAUGGACCUGAACACUCAAUAUAUGAUAAACCUCUAAGGAUAUGGGGUGACGCAGAAAAUGUUAAAAUUGCUGAGCAGAUGGUAACAGAUUUCCUUGCUCAAAAUGAAACGUUUUCCGUACCUAUUGACAAAUGUGGUCAUGUGAUCGGAAAAGGCGGAAAGACUAUACGAAGUAUCGCCCAACAAUCAGGUGCAUCUAUAAAGAAAGCAAAGGAGCUCCCAUCAUACACUAAUGAGCAGACAUUUAUAAUCAGAGGCACCCCAAAGCAGAUAAAACAUGCUAAAAAACUCAUUAGAGAAAUUAUUCCGGAUCAGAUGGUAACAGGUUUCUUUGGUCAAAAUAAAACGAUUGCUGACCAGAUGGUAACAGGUUUCCUUGCUCAAAAUGAAACGAUGAAUUCAGACCAAGGCGAUUACAAUUUUCUCUGGGCCGUUGUGUUCUGGCUGCUCGUUGUGUUCUUUGUGUGUUCUUUCAUCAAGUCCAAAUUCUGAAUUUAUAUUAUACCUUGUUCAGCAUCUUCUUUGUCUGCAAGAACGAUCUCACUUUAUCAAGGACGACCUGCUGAAAGGGACCAACUUCUCAUGUUCUCAAGUUCUGAAAAAGACUGUCAGGGUGUCAUACCAUUCAAGCUUUCGCACAUAUGCAGUUAAUCCUUUCCGUCCAAUGAUAUCAUUUAGCUACGCUACUAGUAAUUUGCUUUUAUAUGCAUUUUUGCUUUAUUAAUUACAAUUAGUUAAAUAAUUAUUAAUUAAAAUUAAUUUUUAAAAUUAAAAUUUGGGCCGGAAAAGGUAAAUAUUACUUGUUUUACUUCAUUUUAUAUGCCAUUUUUAUAUGAAAAUACAUCACUGAUUUAAUAGUAUAUAUUUUGUCAAAUAAAUUUUUAGAAAGUAGUUUGGUUUCUUGAAAUGAAAAAGAUUAUAUUCCAUAUCACCUUAAGAAUGAACACUUAUUUCUUCUACCGGAUUCAUGGCCAA